AUGAAAAAAUUAGAAAGGGAAAAUUUGAAGCGAACUAAAGCUGAGAGGGAAAUCGAUAAGUAUAUAAGCAAAGACGCAACAGCAAUAAAAAUACAAGUCUGUGAGGAAAAGAAAAUAGAAAAGCCUGCUCAGAUAACACCAGAUAAAGCUUUGGAAAAAAUCAAGAAGCAUUUAAGAAAUGAGCACACUUAUAAAAAAUCAAUCAAUCUUUUAUCAAAACUUAUAAGAAAGCAUCAUACCAAAUUUUCAAUAGAAGAAAUAUUAGAUUGCUUACUCCCCCCUCCGUAGGUGAACAAAACCAUUGCAAAAAUUGCUAUUUUUUGCCCAAAAAACCCACCCUGCGUGAACAAACAAAAUUUUUUUUAUGAAAAAAGAUUUUUAUAUAUAAGUGAUAAUAAGUAUAAUGAAAUCUCGAGCUAAUUCUGUUUAAUUUUAAACAAACUGCGUUUUAAAGUAUAAAUUUUAUAAAUUAAAUUAAUAUUUGCUUCCCAAUUUUUGCAAAUUAGGAUUUUUUUAAAAUUUCGAAAAAAAAAAUUUUUCUAUAAAAUUUAUAUAUAAAUUUUUUUGUUCACUCAAGGAGGGGGAGUUAGAAACAAUUUAUGAAUCAGGAUUUAUAAAUAAUCCACCCCAAGACCAAACUAAAGAAAUUUUUAGAUUUGUAUUCGAAAAUUAUCAAGAAUCCAUUCCUGAAGAAAAGAAAUUGACUUUUGAAAGGUGAAUGUUUUUGGCUGACACAAUAAAUACAAUUCACACAGAUGAUUCUUAUGUUUUCCAUAAGAACAUAAAGUUUAUGAGGGAAAAGUUGGAAGAAUUAAGCGAAGAAAGUAAAGAUUGAAAUGAGAUUUAUUAUAAAGCACUAUUAGGCUUAGAAAAAUUUAAAAAAAUCGAAUGAAGCAAAACUGCAAUUCAAAAACUUAUUGAAGAUACCUAUGAAAAGAAAAAUAUUUUUACAGAGGCACAGCAAGAAACUUUAUUGAAAUUGAGGGCUAUUGAGCCGAAAAGAGCAGUUGAAAGUGAAAGGAUUAGAGAUAUAUUAGAUGCUCCAAAAGAAAUAACAGAUAACCGCGAUGAAGUUAUCAUAGUAAAUGGCUUGGACUCUUGGUCCUUGAGACAAGCUGGAGUAUAA